AUGACCUCCCCUCUGCCUCCAUGGCAGCUAUCGCCAGCCCUCUGGCAGGAGCUGACCAAAGCCCUCACUCCCACUGGAGUUGCCGACUAUGCCGCCCUGACUCUCCUCGCCAUGGCGGGCACAACCUACCUGUCACGCGGCAUCCUUUGGGACCAACCAGAUCCCUAUAACUAUCUCUGGUAUGAGCGUCCCCAGCUGAAGAUGGCCGGUUCCGCCGGUCCCAAUGCCCACCAAGAGACCCGCAACAUUGCCCAGAAGCUCGAAGAGGCGGACAAGAAUAUCGUCGUCUUCUGGGGAUCACAGUCCGGUACAUCCGAGGGCUUUGCCCAUCGAUUGGCGCGCGAGAUCGCCCUCCGCUUCCGCCAGGGUACUCUGACUGCUGAUCUAUCAGAUUAUGAUCCGGAGAGUAUCGCCCAGAUUCCUCAGUCCAAGCUGGCGAUUUUUAUCCUGUCUACGUAUGGCGAGGGAGACCCCAGUGAUAACACGGCUGAGUUCUGGGACUGGAUUCACAAGGCCGAGAAUGUCUCCCUGGCCAAUGUGAGGUAUUGUGCGUUUGGUCUGGGGAAUAGCAAUUACAAGUUCUACAACCGCGUCGUGGAUGUGGUCGUUCAGGCGCUGGAUGGUCGAGGCGCAAAGGCUCUCAUGCCCGUUGGUAGGGCUAAUGACGCCGAGGGCGCCACGCAGGAGGACUUUAUUAGCUGGAAAGACGAGCUGUUUGCCAUGUUCAAGUCCCAGCUCGGCUUCGAGGAGGGUGAGAUGCAGUACCUGCCCACCCUAUCCGUCGAGGAAGAUGAGUCCCUGGAGCCUAUUGAUCUGAACCACGGCGAGCCAGAUGCCCGUGAUGCUAGUAGGGCAUCUGCACAAUGCUCCCCUGUGCGGCCAGUGACUAUCUCCAGUACCCGUGAGCUCUUCCAGGUCUCAGACCGCCACUGCUUGCACAUGGAGAUGGACCUGUCCAGCGUCCCCGAGUUCACCUACAAGACGGGUGAUCACCUCGCCAUCUGGCCCAGCAACCCCGACGCAGAGGUCGAGCGUCUCCUCCAGGUGUUGGGCCUUACUGCACGCCGCGAGGUGCCCAUCUCCAUCAAAUCUCUGGACCCGGCCACGAAAGUGCGCAUCCCAACGCCCACGACCGCGGCAGCCCUCUUCCGCUACUACCUGGAGAUCUGUGCUCCCGUGAACCGCGACACGGUACUAGGUCUAGCACAAUUCGCACCCACCCCGGAAGCAAAGACAUACCUCCUUCAACUAGGCCAGGACAAGACCAGCUACGCCAACUUCCUCAACUGCACCCAUGUCACCCUCAGUCGUCUCCUCCAACUCGCCUCCCCAGACAAUGCCUGGUCCGCCCUACCCCUAUCCUACCUGGUCGAAACCCUCGCCCCCAUCCAACCUCGAUACUACUCCAUCUCCUCCAGCAGCGUGCUCUCGCCCCGCAAACCUUCCAUCACCGCCAUCGUCUCCACCACGCCAGUCCCCGAGAACCCGGACGAACUCAUCCACGGCAUCACCUCCAACUACCUCCUCGCAUUAUCCCAGCACCGCUCAUCCCCAUCAACCCCCCACCCUUACGGCCUAACCUACCACCUCAACGGGCCCAGUAACGCCCUCAACAGCGAGAAGGUCUUCACCCACCUCCGCAAAAGUAAAUUCAAACUGCCCCGCACCGGAAACAUACCCCUCAUCAUGAUCGCCGCGGGCACGGGCCUGGCCCCGUUCCGAGCAUUCAUCUCCGAGCGCCGCCAGUUGCAGCAGAUCGGCCGCGAAGUGGGACAGAUGAUCCUCUUCUUCGGGUGUCGGCGCCCGGACGAGGAUUAUAUCUAUAAGGAGGAACUGGAUGCGUUGCAGGAGGGGCUGGGAGGGAAGUUGCGCAUUGAGACGGCGUUUUCGAGGUAUGAGAACGAGGGAAUGAAGAGGCAGUAUGUACAGGAUAAGAUUGUCGAGUGUGGGGAUGAGGUGGUUAGAUUGUUGGUGGAGGAAAGGGCGAACUUGUAUAUUUGUGGAAGGGCGGGGAUGGCUAGAGAGGUUGAGAAGAGGGUUGGGGGGGAGAUGUGUAGGGUGAAGGGGUGGGAUGAAGGUGAUGGACAGUGGAACGAGUGGUGUAAGGGGUUGAAGAAGAGGGGGAAGUGGCAGGAGGAUGUCUGGGGUUAG